CACAACUCUUCACUUCCCCUUUUCCCAAGAUUCCUCUUUUUCCCUUUCUUCAAUAAUUUCCCACUCACUCCCCCAAACAACAAAGGCUGCAACGAACGGGCAGCAGCAGCAACCCAACAAAGCACUUCCAUCUAUAUAAUUCUUAUUUUUCCCUUCAUAAACUACUGAUCUCACUUCAAAAAGGCAAAACUAUGAUUGAGCUCUUUGAAUAUCAGCAACUUUUAUACGCAACAGACGGUUUCUCAUCCACAAGACUUAUAGGCAAAGGAUCUCAUGGAUGGGUUUACAAAGCAAUUCUCGAUGACAAUCGUGUCGUUGCAGUUAAGAAGCCGUUAUCCGAAACCCAUUACUCCAAAGUCGACAACGAAGCUCGCGUUCUACUCUCCUUGCGCCCAAGUCCCUUGGUUGUUAACUUUCUUGGAACCACUUUGGACUCCCCUUCUUACAAGAACAAGCUUUUGGUUAUGGAGUUUAUGCCUAAUGGCUCGCUUCGUGAUCUGUUGCUCGAACCAAUGCUUGCGCCUGUGCCAACUACUUCUUGGCAUAAACGAUUGCAUAUUAUCACGCAAAUUGCACGUGCUGUGUGUUUUCUUCAUCAAGCUAAUCCUAUUGUCAUUCAUAGAGAUAUUAAGGCCGAAAAUAUCUUGUUUGAUUCUAAUUGGGAUCUAAAAUUGGCGGAUUUUGGGCUCGCGGUCUCGACCCGUGGCGGAAAAUCAUCCCGAAUAAUCAGCCGGAAACCGGCGGGAACAAUCGGGUAUUUGGAUCCUUCAUACACGACGGCAAGCAAAUUAAGCACAAAGAGCGACGUGUUCAGCUUCGGAGUAGUUGUAUUGGAAGUGAUUAGCGGUAGAAAAGCAAUGGACAUUUCUAAAUCCCCGGCGUCAAUCGUGGAGUGGGCAAGGCCAUUGAUAGAACAGAAUAAAUUCGAAGGAAUUUACGAUGAGAGAAUGGCGUUGCCGAAGUGGGCGGAGCGGAGGCUGCGAAAAGUGGUGGAAUUGGCCGGACGAUGCGUUUGUGCAGAGCAGGGGAUGCGCCCUUCAAUGGGGGAGAUUGUGGAAGCCAUGGAAAUGGAAAUGAGUGCUUGUUAUUUGUGUUGCAUUCAAUUUUUUCAACCCAUGAAGUUCUUGAGAUUUAGAAGGAGGAGGCGAUCCAAUUUUUGUACGAAUGACUUAUUUACUACCCGUCAAAUGAUUAAUGACGACGACCUGUCCAAAAAAGUAAACGAAAACUAAUGUUUUCAUUGUCAAAUUGCACAUGAAUGCACUUUCUACUGCAAUCCUAACCUGAGACGAUGGUCAUGUGAUCUGUCAUCUUGUUGUGCUCUUUCCAUGGCGAAUAGUACAAUAAUAGAGUGGAAAAAAUGGAGGUUUAUACACACAUGACCAUCAAGUUAGAACUACUUAACACAUUUCAACCUUCCACUAAAGAAUCCCAUGUCAAAUUCUUCUUAUUUUGAAGGGUCAAGGAAGGGGAAGGAAGUGAAGGAUUGGGUCAAAUGUUGGAAGGUGAGAUGUCGCUGUCGUAGAGGAAGUGCUUACAAAAACAAAGGUUUGAAGAAGAGUAGUCCAAUUCCAAAGGCGACAAAACACAAAAGGGUAUUAGUAUUAGGUACACCUUCACUUAUACACUUUGUCCAAUCCUUUGCUCUCUUUGAGGUGUUUGGCUCGAGGAUUUGGAAAGGAGUUAGAGGUGAGUAGAAUUGUAAACUCGGUUUUGUUUGGAAAUUUGUGAUUCCCACCGCUAACAAACAUCAAUUUUUAUACUUUCUUUUUAGUUACCUUAUAAGUUUAUGAGUUUAUAUACUUCACAACACCAUUUAAUGUUGA